AUGGCAAUGCGGAGGCCCAAGAGCAGGAGAGGAGCGGCCCAGGCGCAGCCGGGCUCGGGUGAGCCGUGCGUGACCGGGCGGGAGAAGUACCUGCGCCAGGAAUGCGCCACCCUGUCGGAGCACAUCGACCUGUACACGCAGCGCAUGAAGGACUUUGAGGGGCAGAACGAGGGCCUGGACAAGGAGGCCCGGGAGAUCCGGGAGAACAACAAGGCCUACCUGUCCUACCUGGCCAAGCGCACGCUCCGGUGCCAGGACGCCAUCAUCACGCUGAACGACCAGAACCGCUCCGAGCUCACGCAGGUCCUGAAGCAGAAGGAAGAGCUGACCUCGCAGUACACGGACAAGGAGAAGGAGGUGCGGAGCCAGCUCAUUGAGAUGGAGACCAAGUACUCGCUCAUGAACAAGGAGGUCGAGGAGCUGAAGCCCUUCAAGGAGCUGCAGGCGGAGCAGCUGGCCCGCAUCCGGGAGCUGGAGAGGGAGCUGCUGGCCAUGAAGAUCCACCACUCGGAGCAGAUGCACCUGGUCAAGAGCCGGUUCCUGCAGCAGAAGGCCGAGUAUGAGGCCGAGUCCCAGCAGAAGGUGCAGGCGCUGGCCAAGCGGGCCGAGAAGGAGGCCGUGCGCAGCCUCAUCCAGCACACCAAGCAGAUCAAGGCCGAGAACCGGCAGCUGCGCGACGAGCUGCUCAGCCUCAUCAAGCGGGCCCACGGCCUGGACGCCAUCGUCCGCCAGCUCAGGGAGCAGAGGGCGCAGCUGCUUCGGGAGAUGCGGUACUGCCAGGGCCUGGCGGACAAGCGCCGAUGGCUCACGCAGAAAGGGCAAGGGCCCCGCGGCCGACUGGGCCAGAACGGGGCCGUGCUCCCUCCGGCCAACAAGGAGCCUGCACCACCACCACCACCACCACCACCACCCACAGUGGUCCCCGCAAGCCCACGGACAGCCACAGAGAGCCUCCUCCUUGCGGGAAGGGUCCCGAGACCCCCGAGCGGGCUGUCAGUGCGGCCCAGCAGAAGCCCCCCUGCCGAGGAGGAGCAGCAGGAGUGACCGGCCCCAAGGGAAGACGCGGAGGGUGAGCUGUCAGUCAUUGGCAGACUGAGGACAGGUCCAGAGCAGAGAUGGCGGGGCAAUGGGGCUCUCCAAAGCCAGUCCAGCCACCAGGACCACCCCCGGCUGCCAAAGCAUGCUGGGUUUGUUACCAUCAGCACUGAGGAGAAGGGUGGGGAAGACGUGCAUGAAAACAAAAUAAAGGAUGCCAUGAAUACUGAA